GCAGUGAGGGACAAACAAAAGGAAGCCAAAGCUCCGGGGACCCAACCGGGAAGGCGCUGCUGCCAGGGAAGCUGCUCCCAUGGCUCCUGGGGAAUGCGUCCCUUCAGCACCCGCUCAGGAUCCAGCUCUUGGAGACAACGUCCAUCGGCAGCACAGAGGCCUGAAGUGCAGAUAGCAGAAGCCAGCCACAGGGUGAGCCAUGAUUCCGGUCACAGAGCUACGUUAUUUUGCCGAUACCCAGCCAGCAUACCGCAUCCUGAAGCCAUGGUGGGACGUCUUUACGGAUUACAUCUCUAUAGUGAUGCUGAUGAUUGCGGUAUUUGGAGGGACACUGCAGGUCACCCAGGACAAAAUGAUUUGCUUGCCUUGCAAAUGGGUUACCAAAGAUUCUUGCAACGACUCUUCCAGAGACUGGACGCCUGCAAGCCCAGAUUCGAGUUUCUAUAAUUCUUCUGUAGUGCCACCUCUGAACACUGGGCCGACAGGGAUCAGAUAUGACCUCGACAGGCACCAGUAUAACUAUGUGGAUGCCGUGUGCUACGAGAACCGCCUUCACUGGUUUGCCAAGUAUUUCCCUUACCUGGUGCUUCUACACACUCUUAUCUUUUUGGCUUGCAGCAACUUCUGGUUCAAGUUUCCGAGGACCAGCUCCAAGCUGGAGCAUUUUGUCUCCAUCCUGUUGAAGUGCUUUGAUUCGCCCUGGACUACAAGGGCUCUGUCCGAGACCGUGGUGGAGGAGAGCGAUCCCAAGCCGGCCUUUGGGAAAAUGAACGGUUCCAUGGACAAGAAAUCCUCCACUGUCAGCGAGGACGUGGAAGCCACAGCUCCAAUGCUGCAGAGGACGAAAUCUCGGAUCGAGCAAGGGAUUGUGGACCGGACAGAGAACGGAGUCUUGGACAAGAAAGAGGGCGAGCAGGCCAAAGCUCUGUUUGAGAAGGUCAAGAAGUUCCGCACGCACGUGGAAGAAGGAGACAUCGUUUAUCGCCUCUACAUGAGGCAAACCAUCAUAAAGGUGAUAAAGUUCAUUCUCAUCAUUUGCUACACUGUCUAUUACGUCAACAGCAUCACCUUCGACGUCGACUGCAAAGUGGACAUCGAGAGCCUGACUGGUUACCGCAUGUACCGUUGUGCUCACCCUCUGGCUACUCUCUUCAAGAUCCUGGCUUCUUUCUACAUCAGCCUGGUGAUCUUCUACGGCCUGAUCUGCAUGUACACGCUCUGGUGGAUGCUCCGGCGGUCCCUCAAGAAGUACUCCUUCGAGUCCAUCCGAGAAGAGAGCAGUUACAGUGACAUCCCGGACGUCAAAAAUGACUUUGCGUUCAUGCUGCACCUCAUCGACCAGUACGACCCCCUCUAUUCUAAGCGUUUUGCUGUCUUCCUUUCAGAAGUCAGCGAGAAUAAGUUAAGGCAGCUGAACCUCAACAACGAGUGGACCUUGGAAAAACUGCGCCAAAGGAUCACCAAGAACUCCCAGGACAAGCUGGAGCUCCACCUCUUUAUGCUCAGCGGCAUCCCGGACACCGUCUUCGACCUCAUCGAGCUGGAAGUCUUAAAGCUGGAGCUGAUCCCCGAUGUCACCAUCCCGCCUAGCAUCGCCCAGCUCACCAGCCUCAAAGAGCUGUGGCUGUACCACACGGCGGCCAAAAUAGAAGCCCCAGCCCUUGCCUUCUUGAGGGAGAACUUAAAAUCCUUGCACAUCAAAUUCACGGACAUCAAGGAGAUACCACUGUGGAUUUAUAGCUUAAAGACUUUAGAGGAGCUCCACCUGACGGGCAACCUGAGUGCGGAAAACAACCGCUAUAUCGUCAUCGAUGGCCUCCGGGAGCUGAAGAGGCUCAAGGUGCUGCGGCUGAAGAGCAACUUGACCAAGCUGCCCCAGGUGGUGACUGACGUCGGUGUGCACCUUCAGAAGCUCUCCAUCAACAAUGAGGGCACCAAGCUCAUCGUCCUCAACAGUCUCAAGAAGAUGGUCAACCUGACAGAGCUGGAGCUCAUCCGCUGCGACCUGGAACGCAUCCCUCACUCCAUCUUCAGCCUCCACAACCUCCAAGAGAUUGACCUCAAGGACAAUAACCUCAAGACCAUAGAGGAGAUCAUCAGUUUCCAGCACUUGCACCGUCUCACUUGCCUUAAGCUGUGGUACAACCAUAUCGCCUACAUCCCCAUGCAGAUCGGCAACCUCACCAACCUGGAGCGCCUUUACCUGAACCGCAACAAGAUCGAGAAGAUUCCCACCCAGCUCUUCUAUUGCCGGAAGCUCCGAUAUUUGGAUCUCAGCCACAAUCUCUUGACUUCCAUACCUGCGGACAUCGGGCUGCUGCAGAACCUGCAAAAUCUAGCUGUGACGGCCAACAGGAUCGAGAGCCUCCCGCCCGAGCUCUUCCAGUGCAGAAAGCUUCGGACUUUGCACCUGGGGAACAACGUGCUGCAGUCUCUGCCUUCCCGGGUUGGCGAGCUGACGAGCCUGUCCCAGAUAGAACUGCGGGGGAACCGCCUGGAGUGCCUGCCAGUGGAGCUGGGCGACUGCCCCUUGCUGAAGCGCAGCGGGCUGGUGGUGGAGGAGGACCUCUUCAAUACCUUGCCCCUGGAGGUCAAGGAGAGGCUGUGGAGGGCCGACAAGGAGCAAGCCUGAAAGGAAACGCGGGGAAAACAAACGCCUCCCACCAAAGAGCCGCGGGAACUGCAGGCCUCCUUGUUCCCCGGGCUCUUCUUCCUCCCUCCCGCCCGAUGCAACGAAAGAAGCCUCCCAGCCAAAACCAGACUCUGGCCGAGGAGGGCCACAGAAAUGGGUAGCAGUGGGUUGGGAAUGAGGCUGCCUUGGCUCCCUUGGAAUGCAGGAUGCGGGCGGGGAGGGCGGUCCAGGGUCAGGGAAGGCUCCCCGGAGGAGAGUGGGAGCAGGCACCAGUGGAGGCGGCCCUUCCUGGGACGGGAAGUUGGACGUUGUCGCGGCCAAGGAAUGGAACUAUUGCUAGCAGCACCGACUCCUAGCAAGCAUCAGAGAAGAAGCUGCCUUGAGAUCAACGUGGGGGGAGGGGAAGACAGAGGGUUGUCCCAAUCCGGCUCCAGCUGCCUGCUGCUGUGUCGCCCCCGCUAGAACUCUGACCGGGAAUCCAGUGUCUUAAUGUCGUCUGUUCCAAGGUCAGGAACCCUGGUUCGACCCUCAACGCUACACAGCCCCACCGGCUUGGUUGCACACUAACUUCACCAAUGUCUAAUCCGUUAAGUCUUCUGGAGGAGCUAAGAGGGAAACGAGUCUUGGUUUUGUGUUGUGUGUUCGUUCGUUUUUUAAAUUUUGAUGCUGGCAUCCCCCCGUUCCCAUAUCAUGGAUUUUACUUCUAGUCACUACAUUAAAAAAACAGGGUUCUUUUUUUAAAACGAAGAACGUUCCAAAAAAGCUUUCCCUCCCUCGUGUGGUGUUCCCGAGGCCGGUGCGUUUCACCCUUCAGAUCUGUGUCUCUUGAUGCGUAUCCUGCAGACGGACUGGACUGGACGACGGGAUAAUUUUAUUGUUGUUGUUAUUUUUGUGUCGCAACUCCAGUGUUGUUAGCUGGGCUGCGUUUCCAUGGAAUCUGAGAUACGAAGGGUGCCGGAUCUGCAGUAUUUAAUUCGAGGAGUCGCCUGUGGGGCUGGAAGGCAUUUCGGAGGGUUUUAUUUUUUUAGAACGAUUUUAAAAAGUCCUCCCUUUUGGUCUUCUCCCUGAGUAUUAGAGGCCGGUUCACAGCGAUCCCGGGUGCUGGCGAUCCUGGCACUCAGAAAUGAGCACAGGUUUCGUCUAUGCUUCCUUCAGGACCGUCUCCUUUCUCGAGGUGCCCUCGGCAUCUUCCAACAGUUUCAAGCUGUCGUGUGUGUGUGCGCCCCCCCCCUCCCGUGUCGCGCUUUAUGAUUUCUAUAGCAGCUGGUCUGUUAUUGCCAGCUCACGGGCGGGCAAGGAAUUCUUAGCUGUCGUUUGUCAGAGUUGUUCCAGCAGUGAGGGAUGGUUGCCGAUCCGUAGAGGAUAGAGCUGAGCUGCUUUCCUCAGUCCCUCUUAAUUCUUCAGUGUUAAAAGGUAUUUAAAAAGCCCCUUCGCUCCUUGGGCUUUUUAGCUCCCCGUCGCAGGCAUUCCUAGGAAAGGGAGCAAAUCCACUUUGGAACCCGUAGAGUUUGCACUACAGUCUUACCUGCCCAGUGAAAGUGAAAUGACUUAACAGCUACCAAUCCUGUCCCAAAACGUAUGGGAAAACCAUAGUAUACAGUUGCAACUAGUAAUCGCUCUGUUCCGUCCAGGGAAGCCGCCGAGUCUUCCUUGAGGUGACGUGGGACCUUGGGGACGGAAGGGGAAAUGCAGCAAUCUUGAGCUGUCAGAACGAGGUUCAGCUUCGGCUAAACGAGCGUGGUGUUUUUGUAAUGUCCCCCUCCCCAUUUUUUAAUGGUUCUGGCAGUUAAAAAGAAGGGGGGGGGAGCUGCUGCUACAGCUUCCCUUUCUUCUGCGGCGGAUGUACUCCGAGAAGGACACACGCAUAGUUAGCAAUGCUGAAAACCCCAACCUGAAACAAAACCUGUUAACCAGGCUCUGGUAUUGUCAAUGUUUAAAUAAAGCUAUGUGGA